AUGCCUCUCCUUCGACCUCCUGGCAAAUCCUACAGCAGGAUCUAUCUGAAGAGUUGUAUUCUGAUAAUUCCUAACAAGGUCUACGUUCUUCUAACCUUCCCUUUGCCUUCUGAGUUGCGAAAUUUUUUGAAUUCCCGGCUUGCUUGCUCAUACGUUCGCCAGGAAGAAAGGGAAGGAGAAGGGACCCCGUUUAGCGGAGGGAUGGCGGAGGGGGAAGCUGGGCCGAGAGAGCGAUUCUUGCUCAGCCCAUCUCUAGUCAUUGGGCCAGCAGAACUUGGCCCAAGUACGAUUACCGAUACAGGUGCUCGGUUGGUUCGUACGAUCCGAUCGGAACGGUUCGAGCCGAUGAAGAACACAGCGGUCAGCUCCGGCGUCAGCGUCCCAAUCCGACACGUAACCUCUACGCAAUUUUUUGAAACUGCUCUAUCGCUCUCUUCCUACUGA